UCGACGUUUUUAGAGCGUCGACGACGGUGCGCCACUGUAAAUGUUUACUAUCAACAUCCCGCUGCCAAACCCCCAAUCACCUGAGAGAGAGACAUGGCGAAGUCCGACGUCGUCAUUCUAGUUUUCCUCUCUUUCUGCGCUAUAGCGAACUCGGCCCAGAGUGAAGAUAAACGAUGUAUAUGUGUCUGCCCUAAUCCUUCAAAUGUCAAUGGUACCAAGAGCACAUGUGUCAGCUACACAAAGCAUGUAGCACCAAGCAAAUGUGACUGCGAGAAUGUAGUGCUCCCGAAAAUUCCGAAAAACAUAGAGCCGAAUGGACAAGAGUUUUGUGCCCAGUGCGAGUGCAAGUAUGAGAGUCGUAACAGCACCACUAUCAAGGUUGUUGUCAUUUUGGUACUCUGGAUAAUCUCCCUGUUGGUGGUCUACAUGUUGUUCCUCCUCUGUCUCGAUCCACUGCUGAACAAGAGGCGCUCGCAGCCGUCAUACCAAGAGCACACCAAUGAAGAGGAGGAAGCUGGAGCCAUAGAGGGGGCACCUGGAAUGGCACAGCCUUUACGCGUAAGACCUAACGUCCUCGGCAGAGUAGGCCACCAGCAAGACAAGUGGAAACGGCAGGUGCAAGAGCAGCGCCGCAACAUUUAUGACAGGCACACCAUGCUCAACUAGUGUAGAGUAAUUGAUGGUAUAGUACCAUAGGUCUUUGUGUUCAGUUCAAUGUUUAGAUACAGGCAGUGUUUAUUCUAUGCCAGCUUGUUUUGUUCUCUGUUAAGAAGGAAAUGAAUGCAGACUAUCCAUUGCUUGGGAUAUUGUAAAAGCAUGGAGUCUGCGGUUUGUUAAUAUGAAAGUACAGUCAACUCUCGUUGUCCGCGCCUAAUUAGUUUCAGAAAAUGGUCGUGGAUAUCAAAAUCAUGGUUAUGAAACACACAUUUCCCAUAAGGAUUAAUGGUAAACCAAUGUAAUAUAGACCUAACGCCAAAGUUUUAUUUAUGCAUUACCUAAAUGGACUCUACUAACUUGAAAUAAAUACGUACAAGUUGUCUCUUACUUACGAUGGGGUUAGGUUCCAAAAAACCCAUCGUUUGUUGAAAAAAAGUGUAUCUCGAAUAUAGCCUAGCCUACACUAGGGUAAUUGGUACCAUCUUCACAUAUAUACCUAGCCUACACUAUACAGUUUAGUUACUCGGUGCAUAUAUGGUGUAGAAAUUAUUGAUAUCAGUUAAUUCUCUCAGUUCAAUGAAUAUUGACUAAUGAUAAUUCAGUACAAAGAGAAAUUGAAUAAAAUUAACAAGAGUUAGCCUUGCGUACAUUACAAUAAUCGAAUGUAUGUACAGUAGCCUAGCCUACAGUAUACUCGGUUAUUAUUGGCUAAUUCUGGAGGUUCAGUGCAUUCUAAUGAUGAUAAUGCAGUUCAGAAAGAAAUUGAACACGAAACGAGAAUCAGAUUGUAUAAUAAAGAAAUUGAACAAGAAACGUGAAUCAGAUUCGGUAGGACUUCCGCAUAAUUGAACGGUGUCAGGCUUGGUGAUAGCUACGUAUAAUUAUAAAAUACAAAUAUGAAUCUUUUUCCAUGAAGUUUUUAAAGUUAUACAUUACUUCGCUUUAUCCAGUUAUAUUUUAUGUAUCUUCAUAUCAUAUUAUACUAUACAAUACUAACAUAGUGGUCAAUUUUUUGUUUUGGAAAUCAGCUGAUGGUGAAUACGAGUUUAUUUUGCCGUAUUCAACUCUGUUCUCAGUGUAUGUUCUUGCUCCUAGUUAGCAUAAAUGAAUAUCUAUAAACUUUACUUAUAGGGGACAAAGUCAUUUUUCGUUAUAUGACAAUGUUUUUAAGACUAAAUUUGACUUAAAAAUACAUCUCAUUGUGAACUAAUUAUUUUUUUGUUAAUAGCCUGCGUAAUAAUCCACCGAUUCCAUUAGUUAUGUUCACUUGUUUUCAUUGUAAAACAAGCUUUACGCUAUUUAUCUUUUGUCAAUGUGCAAACAACAGUUAAAUGUGCUCUUUGAAUCAUGCCCAGUAGUUUUGAGUAAAAUAAUUUUCUCUCGGGUUUUAUCUAAGGUUGUAUUUGAAUUCGUAUCAAAGUUUGGGAGUUUUAUCCAUGCCUGAAUAUUAUUUUAUCAGUUUCAGCUACAACUGUCUGUUUAAAUUUAACAGUAUAUUGCCUUGAUGAUGUCACAGCAAGUAAAGUUAUCACAUAAAAUUAUAUCAGUCCUAUUCUACAUAAUAUCAUUUAUAACACAACUAUGGUAAUUGUUUACUAUCGUACAAUGGUUGAAAUACAGGCAAAACGGAUGUUGUUGUUAUCUCAUUUGGUUGUACUUAGCAAAAAAAUUGUUUCUUGUUUGGUUGCUCAUGGCUGUAAACAUUUAUGCAACAGGUAUAACAUUAAAACAAUACUUUCAUCAUUCUCUUUACCUUUUUUAACUUAAUUUAACUUAGAAGAUGGCAUAAAGAUAUGGGGGUAAAGAAGGUAGGUGAUUGUAAUUUGGCCUCUCUCAAGUUUAAUAUUUAAUAAUUCGGCAGGAUAAUUUGUAAACAAAAUACACAUAGCAUUAUUGGAAAUACUGGGCGUUUUAAUCACGUACACAGUUUUGAGCACAAUUUUUAGGUAUUGAACUGCGCUAUUCAGCAAUUUUUCGUGAUAAAAUUUGUAGAUGCAUAUUCAGCGAUUUUUGGCGUUUACAAAAUUUAUAGUUUAAUUUACCUUUAUUGCGUUGUACCAAAUUCGUGAUUAUCAAACACGGAUAACGAGAGUUUACUGUAAUUUAACAAAAUAUGGUUUAAAUUGAUUAAAAAACUUCUUAUUUAUUAAUAAUUGCUUUGCUGUAUAUGUAAAUGGAUGUUAAUUAUGAAUAUCAUAACUGUAUAAUAUAUAGUAUAUAUAUAUGUAUGAAUGCAUGUGCUCGAGUACACUGCAUUUGUACUACUUAUUAAUGGUCUUCAUAAGGUGAAGAAUUUUUAUUUCAGACUUUGCGCAAGUGAUCAGGUCUUUCAUUGUAAUAACAGAUUGGCAUCUUGUUGGUGAUCUGAAAUUUUGAGGGAUUGAAGUGGUUUCACUUGUUAAUUUUUUUUUUUCAUACAGAAAAUCAUAGAUUUUCUCUCGAGUGCACUUGAAAAGACGUAAUGUAGUUAUGUUCGUGUAGGAACCAACUAGUUAAUCCUAUUUAUUGUGCAUAGAGCAUCUUGGAUUUAAGACGUCAGAAGACUAUAAUUGUAAAUUUUGCUUACACUUUUGUCAAGUGUCAGAACGAGGGACAUCUGGUAAAUAUAUUUUAUUUUUAAACCACUUACUCCUUCAGGCCAGCCAUGGGAGUUUGGGAUCUCAACCUAGUGGUCUGGUUAUACUUGUGAUAAUAAUGGUAAUUAAAACUUUUCUGUAUCACUUGACAAAAAGCAUACAGACAUCUUAUAUAAAAACUAAUUUGCUUUGUAUUGCACAUUAUUACAUAUAGGUAUUGUAAGAGACAAUUUGCAAAUUUCCCAGAAAUUAAGUAUUGUGCUGAAUCUAAGAUGCUCUUCAAUUUUUACCAAGUCAUUUUUAUAGUUGAAAGGUUUUUAUUACACUCCUGUAAACAAGGCAGAAAUAGUAAUUUGUAGUGUAGUUGCUUAAAGCACCCAGCCGUAUUUUUAUUAUAUUAUUAUUGUACGUAUACUCUUCCGAUUACAAUAUCUUAAUUCCAAAGAAUUUUGGAGUUAUGAUGUAAAAGAUUCAUCUAAAUAUUUUUUAAAUACUGCGUUGUACAGUUUGCAGCAGUAAAGAUAUUUUAACUACUGUAUAAGCAGAGAAUUUUGUAUUGACAGUCAGCCAUCAUAGAUCCUAAACACCCUACACCUAGAGAAUUGCAUCAGUGUGCAUUGUGGUUGAUGUAACACAUCUUUGAAAUUAUUGGUUUCAUGAGUGGGUGUCAUUCAUGAAAUACGUAGUUCUUAUUCAUACAGCGCUGCUAAUUCCCCAACUCUCAUUCCAUAUGUGGUUCAUAGUCCCACAUUAAGAGACAGCUGAAGAACUGUAUUGUUUUCAAAUUGGCAUUGGUGUAUAGACACAGCAGAAUUGACUUCCCCCAUAUGUGAAUGAAGUACUGAGUACUCCAGUCAGAAUUAUUAUGUUCAGACAUUUCUGAGUUUUCAGAAAAUUUUUAAUAUAUGUAAGAAAAUUUCACCAGGUUUGAUAGCUCUGUAUGUUCCCAUGCAUUUACAAAUUGAUUUCGUAAAAGAUAAUUAAUAGACAUUUUAAUCUAAAUUAAUAUGAUAGCUCUGGAUGUUCCUCUGCAUUUACAGAUCGAUUUCUUAAAGACAAUUAAUAAAGACAUUUUAAUCUAAAUUAACAUAUCACUUUUUGAUUAACAUGUAUUGUUUUCCCUAGAGGUAAGUUGAUAUGCCAUUGAAUAUUAGAAAUUUACUGUCAGUUCGCUGAAAUUUUUAAAAUUUACAGUGUCUACUGUCCAAGUCUACUAUAGAACAUUGCCAUGAUGUGCACAAGGUUAUCCAAGGUAAACCAUGUGAGAAAGAGAGUAAAACACACACACAUCCAUGAGACAAAUUCUUAGAACAGGAAAAAGGGCAGUAAUGAUUUCUGCUUCUCACUUUAUGAGUAGAAAGUUGGCAGCCCUGUUAUAUAAGUAGUAUUUAUUAAUAUUGGAAAACAAACAUUUCAUACCAGCCCUGUGAGAGCCAAUGAUUAUUUUACCUCAGUGGUAAGGUUACUGUUUCAUGUUUGUAUAAAAUGUAUCUGUAUUUGGCAAAGCCUUUAUAAAGUAUUUGCCAGGUACAUAGCUUAAUCUGAGUGCAUAGCUGCUCUUAGUUAGGUUAUUUAGUGUUUGUUAAGGUGAAAGGACCAUCCCUAACGGUGGAAAACUAGUAGUGCCAUUUUAAUUGAUAAAUUAUAGUUUUACUACUUAACUGAUAAAUUAUGGAAUUUUACUAUUUAAUCGAUAAAUUGUGGAGUUUUACCAUAGUCAUAAACUGAAGUUAAUAUCUACUGGGAAUAGUUACUCCCGUAAAUUUUUAUUUGCAAUUUCAAAAAGAUUCUAGUCUUGGUCUCUGGGCAAGGUGAUAAUUACAUUUAUUUUAAAAAUUCCAUAAUUAUGUUAUAUAAUUUUUUUAUGGCUAGUGAGAAAUGAGAAAGUUUCAGAUGAAUAAGGGGUACAGCAAUGAUCUUAACUCGGGAUGGGAGUGCUUUUAAAUAAUUUAAAAAGUGAUCAUUUUAAAUGUUCUAUACUGUAAAUGAAAGUUGACCCAUUAUAUUGGUAACUGCUGUAUUGUAUUUGGUUUCAUUGUUGGUAGCCAGAAGACUAAAACUACCAAGUACAACUGUUUGUGUUGUGAAAAAAAAGUUUUGAACAAAUUGGAAAUGCUAAUUGCCUGGUGAAAGUACCUAAUCUGCCUGAAAAGUGAUUGCAAUCAUAGAUGGAAUGCCCAUAAUCGUCAGUCCUCAAGUCUCCAUUUCCUUUUGUGUUUGUCAAAACGAAUCCAAGCACAUAACUUCUGUAUGUAGUAAUGUAUCUAUAUUUGUUAUUUACUGUUCUUCUUCUGUUUGUUUGUGAUAUCUAUUUUAAUCAACAAGUGUUUUUAUACUUGAAGAAAGCUUUAAUCAUUCCGAUUGGCAGAAAACUGUUUAGAAGGCCUUAAAGAUUUAAUGAACUGAAUUGAAUAUAUAGAAUUUAGGCCAAAGGCCAAGCACUAGGACCUACGAGGUUAUUCAGCUCUAAAAUGGAAACUGACCGUAUAAAAGGUUUGUAAGGUGUAACAGGAGGAAGACCUCAAAGCAGUUGCACUCUCAAUCAAUUGUUGGAAGAGGGUGGAGAGUAAGAUGGAAGAAAGAGAAUAUGAAAGAGGUACAGUAAAAGGAACAAAAGGGGUUGCAACUAGGGACUGAAGACACUAUGCAAAGAACCUUCAGCAUGAGGUGCAUUGUAACAUGAAAUUGCAAGGCAGUUGAUUGAGAUUUGCAUGAGUUUUGUUGUUUAAAAAUACCUGUCAUACUUUCAUUAACCAUGAUUUAUAUAUCAGAAGUUGUUCAGCAAAUAAUUAGUACAUAAAGCAAAUGCUACCGAUAUUGAAAUUUAAGUACUGUAUUUUUUACUACCAUUUUCAUGUACAUUGUCUUGCAGGUACCGUUGUCAAAACUUUUUUUUUUUAUAGAAGAUAGGCACAGCUGUGGAAUUCCAUUAAUAAAAAAUAUAUGUAAUCUUAGCUU